GUUCCUCUGAUCAUCAUCACCCUCUCAUCAUCCAUGGAUACGCUUACCAUCGAAGGAGAAGACGAGGCGGCGUUGGCCUCCCUCGUCCCCGCUCCUCCGCACCGCAAGACGCAGUCCUUCAGCCACCAGUUCGACCUGAAGCCUCACCCUCAGAUCCGCCGCAGCCGCAAGCACAGCCUCGACGAGAUCCCUCAAUCCGCCGCCUUAGCCGCCGAAGCCGCCGUCUAUUUCGACUCCUCCGACGACGAGUUCUCCACCGGAGGACUCGUCGUCAACGGCGAUAACGUCUGCGACGGAACCGUCACCGGCGAGGAUUACGCCGUCGUCACGCCUCCUCCCGACGCCGUCGUCGGGGAUGACAACGUCAAGCCGCUCCCGGAGUUCAUCGGCGCGGGAGGCGGUGCCGGAAUUUUCAAGGUGCCGGUGCGCGCGGCGGUGCAUCCCGGACGGCCGCCGUGUCUGGAGCUGAGGCCGCAUCCGCAAAGAGAGACGCAGACGGGGAAGUUCUUGAGGAGCAUUGCUUGUACGGAGACGCAGCUCUGGGCGGGUCAAGAGAACGGCGUGAGGUUCUGGAAUUUGGAUGACGUGUACGAGCCAGCGAGUCUGAUCGAGGGCCAGGUACGGCGAGGGGAUGAGGAUACGUCGCCGUUUCAUGAGUCGGUUAUUACUUCUCCUACAUUGUGUUUGUUGGCUGACCAAAGCAACAAGCUUAUGUGGAGUGGGCACAAAGAUGGGAAGAUCCGGGCUUGGAAGAUGGAUCAGCCUCCUUGUGGUUCUGAUGAUGAUUCAAAUCCUUUUAAGGAGCGAAUCUCCUGGCUAGCUCAUCGUGGUCCUGUGAAUUCAAUUGUCAUUAGCUCUUAUGGUGAUAUGUGGUCAUGUUCUGAAGGAGGCGUGAUCAAAAUAUGGCCGUGGGAGUCGUUGGAGAAGUCUCUUCUUCUUAAACCGGAAGAGAAACACAUGGCUGCGUUGUUAAUAGAGAGGUCUCCCAUUGACCUCAGGAGCCAAGUUACUGUCAAUGGGACGUGCAGCAUCUCUUCCUCUGAAGUCAAGUACUUGUUAAACGAUUCAGUAAGAGCUAAAGUGUGGGCUGUGCAGUCACUCUCAUUUUCAAUCUGGGAUGCUCGGAGUAAAGACCUCUUGAAAGUUUUAGACGUGGAGGGGCAAGCUGAGUGUCGUGCGGACAUGCCACCUCUACAUGGCCAACAAGGUGACCACGAGACGAGAGUAAAGUUUCCCACACCUUCCAAAAAGGAAAAAUCACCAGGCUUUCUGCAGCGUUCACGUAACGCCAUAAUGGGAGCUGCAGGAGCUGUUCGCCGAGUAGCCACCAGAAGCGCAGGAGGGUUUGUGGUGGAAGAUACAAGGAAAACAGAAGCUAUCAUCUUAGCCGUAGACGGAACAAUUUGGACCGGAAACAUGAGUGGCCUAAUCGUCCAGUGGGAUGGAGAUGGGACCCGCUUGAGGUAUGUGAAUCAUCAUCACAGGGCUGUUAUGUGCUUUUGCACUUUUGGAGAUCGAAUCUACGUGGGAUAUGCGAGUGGAUACAUCCAGGUCUUGGAUCUUGAUGGAGAUUUAGUAUCGAGCUGGGUUUCGCAUAAUGAGCCUGUGAUAAAGCUGGCAGCUGGUGGUGGUUUUGUUUUUAGUUUAGCCACUCAUGGUGGAGUGAGAGGAUGGUAUGUGGCAUCUCCAGGACCUUUGGACAAUAUAAUCCGAACCGAGUUGUCUCAAAAGGAAACUUUGUAUGCAAGACAAGACAGUGUUAGGGUUUUGAUUGGUACGUGGAAUGUUGGUCAAGGAAGGGCUUCACACGGUGCACUUAUGUCGUGGCUGGGCUCUGUCACUUCAGAUGUUGGCAUUGUCGUUGUUGGGUUGCAAGAAGUGGAUAUGGGGGCAGGUUUCCUUGCCAUGUCUGCUGCUAAGGAAACGGUUGGACUUGAAGGAAGUGUUGCGGGGCAAUGGUGGAUUGAUGCAAUUGGGAAAGCACUUGAUGAGAAGAAAACUUUUGAGCGUAUGGGUUCAAGGCAGUUGGCAGGGCUUCUUAUAUCUCUUUGGGCGAGGAAGGAGAUUAGAACACAUGUUGGAGAUCUUGAUGUUGCAGCAGUCCCAUGUGGCUUUGGCCGUGCCAUUGGCAACAAGGGUGGUGUGGGUCUGAGAAUCAGAGUUUAUGACCGUACCAUGUGCUUCGUGAACUGCCACUUGGCUGCGCAUUUGGAGGCAGUUAACCGCAGAAACGCAGAUUUCAAUCACAUUUUCCGGUUAAUGGUCUUCUCACGAGGACAAAACCUAAGUAACGCUGCAGCUGGUAUGGUGUUGUUCCUGUUCUUGUCUUGCUCACUUGGCUUUUCCACAUAUUUAUUUUGCCUGCUUUACUCUUCUGGUUUGCCAUGGGCCCUCUCUCUUGCAGCCGGUGCCUCAACAGCCGCUUAUACACUAAAGACUACCACUAAUCCAAGUCCCGGCGCUGAAGAAGUCAAGUCUGAUUUAGCAGCAGCAGACAUGAUCGCAUUUUGUGGGGACUUUAACUAUAGGCUGUAUGGUAUAACCUAUGAUGAAGCGAGAGAUUUCAUUACGCAGCGAUCCUUUGACUGGCUUAGAGAAAUGGACCAACUUAGACAAGAGAUGAAGCUUGGUAAAGUCUUCCAAGGAAUGCGUGAGGCAUUGAUCACUUUCCCUCCCACUUACAAAUUUGAAAGGAACCGCUCAGGCCUAGGAGGAUAUGAUUCAGGAGAGAAAAAACGUAUUCCUGCAUGGUGUGACAGAGUUAUAUACAGAGACACCCAAUCAACCCCAUUCUCAGAGAGCAACUUGCAAUGCCCUGUAGUCUCAUCGGUUAUAAUGUAUGAAGCUUGCAUGGAUGUUACUGAGAGCGAUCACAAACCCGUGCGCUGCAAGAUUCAUGCGACCAUAGCUCACGUUGAUAAAUCCGUAAGGAGACAUGAGCUGGGGAAAAUAAUAAAGUCCAAUGAAGAGAUAAUAUCUAUAUUCGAGGAUCUAAAACAUGUUCCAGAAACAACUGUGAGCACCAACAGCAUCGUUCUUCAGAGUCAGGACACAGAGACCUUAACAAUCACAAACAGUUCAACCACCAGCAAAGCCAUUUUCACCAUUCUCUGCGGUGGUCAGACUAUAGUUAAGGAUGAUGGAGAAGAAGAAGAGGCUGAAUAUAAUCCACGAGGCUCCUUUGGUCUACCUCGCUGGCUUGAGGUUUCACCAGCAUCCGGGAUAAUUAAACCAGAAGAAGCCGUGGAAGUGAAAGUUCAUCACGAAGAUUCACACACAGUGGGAGAGUAUGUUGAUGGUAUCCCACAGAGUGAAGACACUCGAGAUAAAGAAGCAAUCCUGAUGGUGAACAUUAGAGGAAGCUGCUCAACUACAUGGACAAGCCACUCUAUCAAAGUCCGUCACUGCUUCUCAGCUGGAGUAUGUCUCCUUGAGUCCAAACCUACAAACCUAACAGAGAACCUAGAAGGUUCACCUCGAGAAGACGGUGAGGAGCACUAGUAGCAUUGACCGUUACACUUGUAGCAUUCUUUGGAGAAUCCAUUUUUUUUGUGUCAGAUGCUGUAGAUUUCUCUCCUGAUACUAUUCCUCGUAUUCAACUUUUGACUCUCUUUAGAUUCAAGUAGACUUGUGUACACAUUUGUUACUCUUACAUAAAUAGAUGAUGUUCUUGAGACUA